CGCCCGCAAUGUCCACCACAUUUCCGAUCCGCCAGUCCUCACUCCCCUCGCAUCCUCCUCCGCGCCCGCAAUCCCUUCCUCCGCAGUCCUCCCACUACAACCGCCCCGCGCCGGCAGGCACCAGCACAGCAAUGAGCAGCACGCCGUCCUCAGGCCCCGGCCUGCGCUACCCGUCGAACAAGAAGACGAUAUACGACCGGAAUCUAAACCGGAGUAAGAAUGCGGAGCUUAGCAGGGCGGCAUUUGCGUAUCUGUUCAUUGAAAUGAUUGCCUAUGCGCAGAGAGGGGCGAGGGAUGUCGGGGAUUUGGAGCAGCGGUUAAACAACCAGGGCUACCCCAUCGGCGUCCGACUCCUCGACCUACUCCUAAGCAGAAGCUCAAAUCCGCUCGCCUCGAUCCGCCCCACGCGCAUCCUCCCGCUCCUCCAGUUCAUCGCGCAAACGCUAUACCGACACCUCUUUGGGCGACCCGCGGAUGCGCUCGAGCGCUCGGGAACAGACUCAGCGCAGUACAUGUUGUUCGACAACGAGCCGAUGGUGAAUACGUACAUAUCACUACCACGCGAGAUGUCGAGCUUGAAUUGCGCGGCAUUCGUGGCGGGCAUAAUAGAGGGCGUGUGCGACGGCGCGGGUUUUCCAACGGAGGGUGUGUCUGCACAUAGUGUGGGAGAGCAGGAGGAGGGGAAGGAUGGGAAGGGCGCGCCGCUGUGGCCUGGGAAGACGGUGUUCUUGAUCAAGUUCAAGAAGGAGGUCCUGGAGCGGGAGGAGAUACUAGCGAGGGGUGGAGGAUGAGAGCAGGUCUUCGUCGGGGGUCUAGACACGGGUGAACGUGGAGGCCGGGCUCUCUGAUGCAUGGGAUGGCGUACAGGUUGCUUGCAUUUGCCGGAGUCUAGGGUGAAGAAACGGGCUAUGUGCCUCUUUUGCAAUAGAUAUAUGCUUGAAAUGCGAAAGAAGGAUGCUUCUUGGGCCCUCUUUACU